CGAGCAAGAUGAGGAAUCAGCCCAAAGAUGACACCGCGUUUACCCCGGCGCGCGGGUACGACCUUAGAUCGGAUAGAUGGUGUUAUCCUUAGUCCAGCUGGUCUCUCUCGUCCACUUAUUAUAUCAUCAUCCCGUCGAAUGAUUUUUAGGAAUGAAUGCAGAUCAUCUCAUUUAUCGAUCAACCUUUCUCGGGACAUUUGACGGGAACUAGUCUGCAUACCUCGCAGUCUAAGUUGUGUAUCGUCAAGGCGAACUGCUCAAGAUGGCAACCAUGGAGGCCAUGAAGAGCCGUCUGGUCGAUCGCCAUAUCCAAGACCUCACCACGGCGAGUAACUUAGAGAAGCACUGGGGCUAUGUCGACCGAGCCAUCCCGUGUACGAAUGAUGCUGGAUCGUGCGCCUACUUGGACGAGGUGUACGCGAAUCAUGACCUAACGAUGGUCUACUCCGGAAUAUUCUGGUCCAUAAUCGGUGGCAUUCUCUUACUAUGGGCUAUUGGAAGACGGGUCUUCCCAUCCACUCGCGCCGAUGAAGUGUUCGCGAAUGUCGACAGCGAAAAACUGUCGAAAAAGAUAGCGGAACGACGCUCAAGAAUAAGAAUGACGGUGGCGUCAUUAACCCGCCGUUACUUAUUACCCGACUCUGUGCGAUCCAUAUUCGGCCGAACGACGCGGCUUCAGGUCAUCAUUCUAGCCGUCCUGACAAGCUACCUGUUCAUAUUCAGUUUCACCGGCCUCACGUACGAAAAAUGGAUCACACCAGUAAAGAAAAAUCCCGGUCUAUACAAUACUAGAACGACUCUAGGCCCGUGGUCUGAUCGAAUUGGUGUUUUCGCCUAUGCCCUUACGCCGCUCUCCGUUAUGCUGUCGAGCAGAGAAUCGAUCCUCUCCCUGCUUACCGGCCUUCCCUAUCAAAGCUUCAACUUUCUUCAUCGGUGGCUCGGAUAUAUCAUCGUCCUUCAAGGAACUUUACACGCUAUUGCCUGGACGAUUGUUGAAGUCCGUUUAUACCAGCCCCAGCCUGCAACCGCACAAGAGUGGAUUGCGCAGCUUUAUAUGAUUUGGGGAGUCGUUGCUUUGAUCCUGCUUCUGCUCCUAUUCGUAUUGAGCACACCUUGGGGAAUUCGUCUUACUGGCUAUGAGUUCUUCCGUAAAGCGCAUUACGUUUUGGCGAUGGUAUAUAUCGGAGCUUGCUGGGGACAUUGGGCGAACCUGAAAUGCUUCCUUCUUCCUGGACUAGCUAUUUGGGGCUUAGACCGUGGGAUCAGGUACUUCCGCUCGGCACUUAUCCAUUACCAAUACCUUCCCGACGGAUCGAUGGGUUUCAAAGCUGCACAUGCAUCCUUGACGUAUUUCCCCGAUGCCGAGCAUGGAGACAUAGUGAGAAUGGAUUUCAAACACCCCCAAGAUCCGUGGAAAGUUGGAAAGCACUUUUACUUGUGCUUCUCGGAAUGCAGCAUCUGGCAAUCGCAUCCAUUUACGCCGCUUAACUUGCCGAAGGUGGAGAACGGGCUUGUUUCCCAUUCGUAUAUUCUUAGAGCGAAGGGUGGCGAGACGAAGAAAGUUGCGCAACUGGCCGCGAAGAAAUUGGCGGAGGCACCAAGUGCCACAACCCCCUUAAUAUUGUCGGGAUCCUAUGGAGAGUCGAUAGUGGAGCACUUAACACCUGAUGUUAACGUGCUUUGUGUCGCCGGCGGUACAGGUAUCACAUACGUUUUGCCAGUCCUGCUCGGCUUAAUAGAAAAGAAGGAAGUGAAAGACCGAAAAGUACAAUUGGUCUGGGCAAUCCGAAAGAAGGACGACACACGUUGGAUUGAAAAGGAGCUCAACGAUAUUCGAAAGGCCGCUAAGGCACACAAAAUCGAAGUUCACAUAUAUGUGACGAGAGAAGCAAGUACCAAGCAUCUAUCAAGCAGUGAAGAUAUAUCCGAGAAGGAAGAUGUGGUCGUAAAGGAUGCCGGUGCAUGUUGCUCCGCUGGUUCUUCGAUCAAGGAGGUGCAGUCUAACUCAACCCUCGACGUCCAGAGGAUAGGAGGGGAGGGAUUCGACACACAUCCCGACCUCGAAAGGAUAGUAAAUGAGUUUGUCGAGGGUACCAUAAAAGGCUCGACAACCGUAUAUGCAAGCGGACCGGGUGGCAUGAUCAGCGACUUGAGGAGUGUGGUAGCAUCUUGUAACUCAGGCGCAAAGGUCUGGGGAGGUAAUGAGCGUUACGACGUUCGGUUGGUAUGUGAUGACCGACUUGAGUGGUAGACAUACCCUUAGACAGUAUGAAUAAAAAAAGUAGAAUGGUCAAAGCUCUCGUCAGUGUUGUCGUCGUGGAGACCAGAUGUGUCAGG